CAUUAUGGCUGGCAACUCGUGAUACUUGUUUACAUUUUGAAAUUGGAUAAUAUACACGUUUUGGAGCAUCGUUUUGUUUUCGUUUCACUUCGAAGGGAAAGUCCUUCUAUUUAAGUAACUGUAGCUGGAAAUUGGAGAAGGGUAAUCGAAGAUUCGCUAGAUUUUUCCCAGCCAAAAGUCGAGCUCUGUGCAACAACGAACAGCGUAUAAAGUUACAUCUCUGAACUGAGUCGACGCUGAAGUUGGGUUUGCUUGUGGUUUUGCUUUAUUGUAUUUUGGUUUUCAGCGAGGAACGAGGUUACUUAAAAGCUCAGAAUUUUUAAAAGCUGCCUUAGUUUUCAAGGAAACCGCGGCUUUGGUUAAUUGGUCGCUAGUUGUAAUCUGAUUUCGUUCCAAUUCGAGUUUGUUUUGGCAACUAGAGAAGCAUGUUUUGAAUGUUCCCACUUUAAAGUAUUUCCUAUCACAAUGGUUUUUAAGCAAGAAUCGUGUAAAUCGAUGACUUCCAAUGCAAGGAUGAACUGCACAAAUAUACGGCCUUGAGAGAAAUCUGAUGUGUUAAAGCACUUUCAAGGAAGGAAUUGGUUUUUAUAUAAAAGUGGUUUUAUACGACUUUUGUGAGUUUGGCAGUAUUCGUAUAUUGGCAUCCAACUCCUUGAAAUUUUGGCUUGAAAUUUAUCUGUGUAUAGAUACCAAAUUUGAAGAGGCAAAGAGCUUGAUAUAAUAUAGUGUAUAUAUUGUAUAUAUAUAUAUAUACGCAUACCAGUCUGGGAUAUUUCUGUGGAGAGUUUAUGUACAGCUGUUUGUAUGAAUAGCAUUUAGGUUGCAUAUAUAUUGUAUAUGCAAAACUUUUGUGUGAUCGUGUAACUACAAGUUCAAAAGGCUUUACAAAAUAUUCAAGAAAAGUGUCUCUAAAGUGUGCCUGUGUAAGAAAGGCAAUUUGGUAGCCCUAAUUGACAGCUGUGGUAGUAUUCUUGGACUUUAAUUGCUCAAUUAUUCAACCGUUAACUAGUGGGCCUUUUGUGUGACACAAGAUUUAAAGGCAAUACUUAUAUUGAACUUACUGAUCAUCAUAUGAGGAUAUAAUGAUGGAGAGAUGAAAUAUUUGAGAAGUCCAAGCUACUCUGUCGAAAAGUUUCAGAAAUCGGAAAGCUCAAAUAGUUCAGCACGAAGUGGUAUCGAAGAGCAAAUGGCGAAAAUGAAAAAGAUGAUAAGGUCUCCAAUGAGCAAGCGAAAGCAUGAGGGUAAUACGGCUCUUAAUCCACCGAAGACAUUUGGCGUUGCGCUUGAUGAAUUGUUACAGAGAAAUUCAGAGAACAGUGAAAUACCUUAUGUGCUGGAGAGAAUCACUGAAUACAUUGUUUGUUAUGGAAUGAAACAAGAGGGAAUAUUUCGUGUCAAUGGAAAUGCAAAAGUUAUGGAGAAAUUGAAGUCGGACUUUGAUAAAGAUGGUGAUGCUAAUUUAGAAAAUAGUGGUGAUGUUAUGUCUGUUGCAGGACUGAUGAAAAUGUUUUUGAGAGAGCUACCAGAACCAUUGAUUCCAAAUAAUUUUAUGAAAGCAUUCAUGCAAGUUCACAAAGAAUAUCAUUCAGACAAGGAUGAAUGUUGUGUUCGCAUGAGAGAUUUGGCUGGGAAGUUGCCAGAGCCAAGAAGAAAACUACUGAAGUUUCUUUGCCGUUUUUUGGUUCAUAUGUCUUUGCAUCAGGAUUCAAACAAGAUGAACGCAAACGCUUUAGCGAUCGUCUUUUCACCGAAUCUAUUCAGAUGCAGUGACGGCAUUGAAGGAUUCCGGGAGCAAUCAGUUACCAACAGUAUCGUCUUAAUGUUUAUCGAUAACUACAACAUGAUUUUUAAGGAUAAAGACGAGGAACCGCCAUCGCUUGCUAAUUUCAUUCAAGUACAAGAGGCGAGAGACAGCAGUUUCACCGGUCCUCCAGCGACGCCAAUACCUUAUGAACAGCAUAAGAAAUUGAAAGGACGCAGGGACAAGACAUCGUCGCCAUCCAACGAGACACAAGAGAUGAUCAGUCCUUACGCUGAGUACCGUCUAGGCGACGAUAAUACUCUGGUUAUCGGCGAUGAACCCAAACUUAAAAUCGAGAAUCAUAUUUAUGCUUCGGUCAGCAAAACCCAAAGAGAAGCCAUACGCAAUUCAACAAUUUAUGAUCUUUCUUCGGAAGAGGCAGAACCAUACAUACGAUCAAAUUCGCCAUGCUGGCAAAAACCAAAUGGGGAGGCAUCAAGUCCUAAGAUGGGAGGAUCUUCGCCCAAAUCAAGGAAAGAGUUCAUGGAGAGAACAAUUAAAGAAAGCAUCAAAGAACAUUUGUUUGGACACAAUCUGACAUCCACCAGCGAGGAGUCCGAUAAAUUGGAUUCGCCGAGUGAAGAAGCCCCUCCAGUUCCCCCAAAGAUCCCCGAGUUGCUUUCGCCUGAUGAUACAAUUACGAGAUCUCAAAAACGAAAGAAAAGACGCGGUUCAAAAUCCUCUCAGGAAAAUGCAAAGAUUUUAUCCAAUAACGAGGGUCCCGCGGAUGAAACGGACGGUGUAAAAAGUUCAGAAAUACGGUAUAAACAUAAGUCAGACCAAGAGCCAGACCAGGGUGUGGUCAGGUCGCCAAAACGCCAGCAUCGCUCAAGACAAAUGGACAUGGAGGGCAGACAACCUCUUAUGAUCAACGUGGUUGAUUACGAUUCAGCCGAAGGAUUAUCUACAAAGAAGGAGAAGUCUUUGAACAACGAUUAUAACGAGCCAAAUGAAUUGAAGGAUUUGGAUUUAUCUACGUUGAAGACUUCAGGAGUUCUUUCAUGUUUGACCUUACACAGAGCGCCCCUUCCUCGUCGUAGAAGGCCACCAUCGUUUCGCAAAAGUAAACCGGUUAAGAUCGACAUGAGAACGGCAGAUCCCGAAGUCAAGUCUGAUUUGAAGCAAUUACCAAGAAAACCACCCAGUCCUCCUCCGAGACCCAAUUUAUCCCCAAGUAACUCGAUUUCACCCGCCAUGGCAUCGAAACUCGAGCGUCGAAAACAGGUUCGUGGGAUGCCAGAAUUGCCACCGAAGAGUGGUAUUGAAAGGGAUAUUGAGCUUGACAGUGAAGGUGGUAGUUGUCCAUCAGACUCACCCACUGGAGACUCUCCCGUCUCAAGCAUCAACUUGAAAAGAAGUGAAUGCUUACCAAUUGUCCCGCCUCUGGAGUUGUAUAAACUUAGCGAGCGUACUGAAGACGAUCCAAUGGUUUCGCCUCGUGAAAGAUACGAUGGUGGUUGUGCUUUCGACGACGCCAUGGUUUCUCCUCGCUCAAGAAGAGGCAUUUUGGAUAUUCGUGGAUUUUCUUCCGAGUGUCCGCCUUCUCCUCCUGCAAAACAAGAAAAUCACUUUUGGCUGGACAAGAAGCCAAGUACCUCGCCCAAGGGAGAGUCCUCACUGAAGGAACUAUACAAGCGCGCCAAAUCAUUUAAGAAGAAAAUUAGAGAUUUUGAAGAAAAAUUCGAAGACGAAAAUGGAUACAAGCCAACUCAAGCGCAGGACAAAGCUCCGAUUAAGAAAUAUUUAUCUGAACUAAACAGAACGCAACGGUUAAUUCAAGAAAUGAAAGAGAAAAGAAUACAAGGAGAGCGAACACCAGUAGAAGUCACAACUCAAAGUCCUCCAGCUUCGAAAGACGCAGAACCGCUCCUAACCACAAUUCCUGGCACCGUGGAGCAAUCUUUGGAGAUAUCUCUAAGAAAACUGAAAGAGAAGCGGGAGGCGAAUAGCCGGCCAGAAAACGUCGAUGACAUGAGUCGAGAUCAACUUCAAGAUGAAAAACUCGCCGUCCAGAAGGCUCUACUACAACAUGAAAAUACAUACGGAAGACCUACGACGAAACGAGAUAAGGAUAUCAUGAAACCACUCUAUGAUCGUUACAGAACCAUCAAACGAAAGAUUACAAAUUAUAGUCUGAAAGAAUCAUCGGACUCACCGCUAGAUUUAAAAUCGAAAAGUAUGACCGACAAAAGGAAAACCUCUCCUGAACGACCUACGGAGCUCGAUGUGACCACAGUAUCGCAAGUUGAUACGCUUGGUAGCACAGCAUCAGAGACCGUGUCCCGAUUGGCAAAAUCACUGCCGGCAAGAACGAGCAAGAAUCUUUUCGAAAACGAUAUGUCACCAGUUUCCCCCUUGUCAAUAUCCGUUGACGAGUCAGGGAACAGUCCGAUCGACGAUGACCCGGGGGGUGCGGACGACGUUACGUCUGGUGGGGAACAUGCUCUUUUGACUGCUAAAGAUUCCGAUGCGAUAUUACACCAAGCUUCAAUAGAUGAACUACUAGAACAGCAAGCAUCAGCUAUAAGACGGAAAAAGAAACUAAGAAAAAGGCUUAAAUCUUUUGAAGACAACUUCGCUAAGAAAACUGGCAGAAAAGUUCAAAGAGAAGACAGAGGCUCUCACGAGGGAGACUAUGAAGAAUACAAGAAAAUCAAAGCACGUCUUCGACUUCUGGAUGCACUUAUUACAAAACAGCAGGGAAACAGUACCAUAUAAUCGCACGGAGAAAAACCUUAUACAGAAAGUUUUGAAGUUAGCACAUGUGUAAUAAAUAUUGUAUAAAUAUAUAUAGUUUACCAUAGUUUAUAUAAUACUAAGUUCAGCCUCUUGGCAUGGCACUGCUGCAUGGUUCAUUUUUACCCGAUUGGGAAUAAAUGGUUAAUUUUACAAAUGAUUUUCAAAGUUCAUAUUCACCUUGAGGAAUCUGCAUCAUCCGUAAAUCCCUAUUUAUCUGGUAUUUCAUUUUGAUCUAGCCGCAUUAAACCAUCGUAUUUUAUCAAAUUUCAUCCAAACAUAUUGUUCAAACUUCAAUAAAUCUUUGGAC